AGAAGAUACCAAUAAUGCUGGCAGUAGUGCUGUCCAUGAAGAGCUGGAUGUGGUACAAAUGUACCUUACCUGUUUGCCUGAACAAUAUAUGAAAGUGAAAUUCACUCAGACAGCGUACCUGACAUGCUGGCUGUUGUUGAAACUCUGCAAGAAAGCCUAUGAGAAAAGACUGUCUGCUUCUAAAAAGGAUUGCCAAGGAAGUGCUGUAAGAAGGACUGCUGGAGAAACAGGAGAGAGUUCUUCUGAGAAGACACAGUGCCACUCUGAGACCCCACAGCCAGUUGAAAACUACAUCAGUGAAGGAGAGCUUGAAGACGAUCUGAGUUCUUCUACCCCAAGCACAACCGAGCUGGAGGUACGUGGAUCCAGCCAAGAAACAGAUGAAGAUUAUUUUGAAACCGUGUCACAUCAGAGUGGAUCUUUGUCAGAUGUAAAAACUGAGCCUUAUGAGAGUGCAUCAGACACAGAAUCCCUCUCCAGUGAUAUAACUGGGAAUGCUUGCUCGGAUUCAAACUGCCUGUUUCCUGAAAAAAAACCCCUGUGCUGUAAUCUUCCCAAAGAAAAGGCAGAAACCUUCCAUGGACAGAAGUGCUCCAGACAACCAGAGCUCACCCAGCAUGUACAGCUAGAAUUGUCCUCCAAAAUAAAAGAAGCACCAAGCAAAACUGAAUUUUGCAUACAGUUUGAGGAAUUAGAGGGUGAAGAACUGGGUGAUGAAGAGCUAACACUAUCUAGUAAUAUUCCCAUCACAGAGAGCCAAGUCUAUGAAGAGGGCAUUUUAUCACAGACAAAGAGAAAGUCUGUAACAGCACUGCAGAGUAAGGCAGAGUUAGAAAGCAGCGAAGUGCAGUCCUCUACCAACUCAGUACUUACAGAAAACGAUGUUGCAAGACUGAAGGAACAUCCUGCAGUAUUCCGCAUUGCUUGUUUCAAAGCAAACUCAGAAAGUUGUUUGAUUUUUCCUAAGGUCCAGCAGUUUUCUUUCCAGUCAGAUGCAGCACCAAGCUGUAGUUUGCCUAAUCUUCAUUUUGAAACAAAUGGACCUAACUGUAAAAGUGACACUGAGAUAUCUGACUGUAAGUGUGAAUUAGAGUCUAUGUCCAGUAUAAAAUGCAGCAGGAGGAAUUCAGCUGACAAUGAGGACAUUAAAGGUAAAAGAAUAAAACAUGGAAGUACAAAGACCAUGUUGACAUCAGAUUCACUUUUCUACCAGAGUUGCUUCAACCAAAAAUCUCGGCUACCACACGCAAGGUCAGAGAUUACAGAAAGUAAAACAUGGCGCAGUGUACCUGAAAAUAUCAGUGCUCAAAGUGAAACAGAACCUGUGGUGAGCUGCAUUCACCCCACAGACAAAUUCAGAUGGUCAUGUUCCAGAAUACAUCUUGAAGAGCUGGAUUUUGAAUACACUUGGAAAAACUUAGGAAGGGUAACUGUGAGUCCUGAAAAGGCUACAGAAAUAGAGGGCAAAUUUGGAAUAAAAAGAUCUUUUCUUGAUACUGACACAGACUCAAAGGAGUGUCAGCUUUCUCAACCAGCAGCCUCUCCCCAGUGCACUGAUUAUUAUUUGCACUCUAAAUCAGAGACAUGUGGCCUUAGCCCAGAGUCAGCUGGUACUUGUGAUGACAGCUUAACAUGGAGUGAUGCUUGUGAGGGCAAUCAAAACCAGGAGGAGACAUCCUCUUCCCUGGAUUGUGAUCCAGCGAUCAUAAAUGCUGAGGAACUCGUGCAAAACAAUGAGUACAAAGCUGAAAGAGAUCUGGAAGCAAGCAGAUUCCCACAUGAUAUUGAUGUUGAACCGGACACUGGUGACACUGAGAACCCUGCAGCUUCUUAUGCAGGUGUUCCUGCUGUGGAGGAAAGCAGAGACUGUGAUUGUUCUGUAAACUCUGUUUCCAAUAGUGGAAUACAGGACAAAAGUUUGAAGGAGAAUGGCCUGGAAUCUGAACUGUCAGAUACGGAGAUUGUGGCAGGAGAAAGAUGGGCAGAUGAUUCUUCUAAUCUUGGCUUUGGUUGGAAGCUGGAAACUGCAACACAACCAGAUGGCAGCGACAGAGGGGCAGAGCACAGAGAGUCAGUGCAGCAAAAUACAAGUUGCAAACCUGGUGCCUUAAGGAGCCACUUGGGGCUAGGAACAAGUGAACAUCCUACUCAGAAAGGAAAGGAUGAAGAGAGUGUCUUUGCUGUUGAAAGGACUCCCAGAUCAGAUUAUACAACACAGGGAAGGGAUUUAAUGACUGUUCCAGAGUUAAAGGCUGCCCUAAUUAUAGUCUCUGUAGAAGAGAAAGGAUUACAGUCCAAAACACAGAAUGAUAACCUUCCUACUGGAGUGGUAGCCAAAACAUUGGGAAAUAUAGUGAGCAAGGAUUUGAUGUCUCAUACUGUCAGUAAAGCUCAUGAUGAGCCAGAGAGAGUUCUGAGUGAAAGAUGUAACUGUGAAGAACAAAUUCUGGCCACCCACCCCAUUCCUGGCAGGGCAGAGGUACUCUCUGGUAGGGAUACAGCUGAAGUAAACCCAGAAAUUUCAGAAGAGGAAAGAGAGAAAACAGAAGCAGUUUCAUCCUUAGGGUUCACCUGUUGUAAUUCCACAGUAACAAGUGCCAAAGUGGAAUUCAGGAACGUUGCUGUACUACUAGGCAGCGAUACAAUUAUUGCAGAAAGUCAGGCAGACCCAUGUGAAAAAUCAUUUAUAAAAUCCCACAGUGGGAGCUGUGUGAAGGUCUCUAGGGAAGAGCCCUGCAGAACAGGAACACUGGAAACCAGCAGCAGUGUAAGCAGUGUGGGUCAGGGAGAUGGUGCUGGUGUCAGCCUUCAAGGGCACAGCAUGGUCUCUAAACAAGCAGUAGGCAGGCAAGGAAAGGCCAGCUGCAAUGGCUCAAAGGAAGAAACAAGUAUUUGUGAAGAACCCUCUCCUAGGGAAGGAAAGGAGGGCUCUCCUGCAGAAGACACCUCUAGCCCCAGCAAAGACAGUGCACUCAGUCUGGAUGUGUCUGAUGUCUUUGAUGAGUCUCUGAACAGGGAGACCCACAGCACUUUCAUGCUGGGCCUGGAUAAUAUCAGUACCUGCAGCACUAACAGCGAGGAACUGGAUGAGAACUCAUCCCACACCCUGGGAAGUAACAGCAGUCUUCACAAAGCUGUUCAAAAGCCAACAAAGAAUGAGAAAGCUUCCAGGUUUUUAGUAUUCUCAAAAAUGACAUCUUUCAGGAAAUCAAAGCUUGCCUCAUUGGAAAAUCAGGGAAGCAGCAGCAUCUUUGGCAGCAAGGCAAAGACAGAAGAACUGGAUGUUGGGAAAGAUGAUGAAGACACCGCAAGUUUACUGUCUUUCAGAAGUUGUUCAUCUGGUUUAGUCUUCCACAGGAAGGAAAGUUACACCUCUGAGUACUCUGAUGAUGACGAUUUAUUUUAUGAGAGACCUGCAGGUUUAUUCAACAGAUUGAGCCUGAGGAAGGCCUCUGGCUCUGGUCGGAUCCUGAUGGAAGAUGCAGAUCGACAAGUUUCAGGUUCAUCUGAAAACAAUGACAAUGAACCUGUGGAGCAUUCAGGGAUUAGAAAAUCAUUCCCUGAAAAUGAACACAAAAGAAACAAAACCACUGAGGGUAAGAAGUUCAGGACAAGGUUCGCCUUGGCACACAAAUCCCUGUCAAGCUUAUUUGAGUCCAAAUGUCCAGAAAACACUGAGCAAAGCUCAAAAGCAUCAGUGAAAAAUGAGAAGGAGAAAGCCAAAUUUCGCCAGAGCAGCUGGAAAGCUUUUCUAAAAAGCAAGGAGGCAGAUGGACUAAAAAGACCUGUCUUAGUAAGUUUAUCAUCCACACAGGAGAGUCUUAAUGCAACUGGUGGCCACGUGUUAAGAUCAGUAGAGCCACAGCAUAGUUCCAAUGGACACACUUUUUUAAAAACAGAAACAGAUAAUGACUCCUCAACAGACUCCAACUAUUUUGACAGCUCAGUGGAGCCUGUUGAUGUCUCUUCACCUGCACGUAUGUGGAGAAGACGAAUCCAGUCCCAUGACUUGGGUAUCAGAUACUCGCAGAGCUCAGACUGUGAUGAACAGCAGGAGGUUCUGAGCAACAGUUUAAAUACUUCUCUAGAGGAAUACUGGAUGAAAUCUCCAUUUAGCCCCACUGACUUGCAGUUGGCAUUUAGUCAGUCAAGUCCAUCAUGUCCCCAGCUCUCAAAUUCUGAUGGUAAAGACAUGCCUUGUAGGCCCAUGAGUCCCAAACCUCAGAGUCCUCGAUCCGCUUCUCAACACAAGAACUUCCGCUAUCCUGGGCGGGUAUGUGCCACUUCCAUGAUCUCUCUUGGGAACAGCUCUGGUGUGGAAAGCAGUCUGGAGGCUCCAGAGAGACCAAAGACCGUGAAACCCAGAGGAAGUCUCUUACACUCAUUGGAUGACUUCCAGAGGGAUGACAGUGGCAUAAGCAGCCAAUCCCAGAUCAGCUUAAAUACAGCUUCUUCCAUUAGUGACAUGCUCCGAGAUGAGUUUGUAAAACAGGAAUCUAAACAGCCAUGUCAAACAGCACCUGAAAAGAGGCCAAAUAAGAAAUGGGUUCCCCAUCGCAAAAGGAGGCCCCCCCGGGUUCCGCCGUGCCCACGUCCUGUCUCCACCCUGGAGAGCAAAGCCCGGAGGCUCUCCUUCCUUGCUCCAGAAGAAAAAGCCAAGGAGAUUCCAGAGAGGAAGAGGAAGAGACCCAAACCCCUCUAUAAGUGCUUCAGCUUUGAUGAUGUUUGGAUGGAGAGGAAUCAAAAAAGGAAGCUAGAGAAGGAGACACAGCCAGAGGGAGGGGUUCAAUUGCAACAUCUCCCAAAGGACCCCUCAAAAACUGGAAUGAGUCCAUCUAUCACAUCUCCUGUUGCCUUUGACAUCCUGCCACUGAAACUGCACCCAUUUUCCCAGAGCACUCCGACAGGCCUGGACUGCGUGGGAUGGAAACGGCGCAUCUCCGCUCCCGUGAUCACUGAUGGAGCUCUGGACAAGACAGCCCUGACGGAUGAUGUGGGGAGCGAGGAGGAUCUGUACGAGGAUUUCCGCAGCUCCAACCACCGCUACGGCCACCCCGGGGGCGGGGGCGAGCAGCUGGCCAUCAACGAGCUCAUCAGCGAUGGCAGCGUGGUGUACGCAGAAGCUCUCUGGGACCACGUCACCAUGGAUGACCAGGAGCUGGGAUUCAAGGCCGGCGAUGUCAUCGAAGUAAUGGAUGCCACCAACAAGGAGUGGUGGUGGGGGAGGAUUCUGGACAGUGAAGGCUGGUUUCCAGCCAGCUUUGUUCGGCUGCGAGUAAACCAGGAUGAGCCCAUGGAAGAUUAUCCCCUGAAGGUAGAGGGGGGCAAAGAGGACGACUCCAGACGCUUUGGGAUGGGCCAGACCACCAAAGACCAAAUGAGGACCAACGUCAUCAAUGAAAUCAUAAGCACAGAGAGAGACUACAUCAAGCACCUGAAGGACAUUUGUGAGGGUUACAUUAAGCAGUGCCGCAAAAGAGCAGACAUGUUUACAGAAGAACAGCUGAAGACAAUCUUUGGGAAUAUUGAGGACAUCUACAGGUGCCAGAAGAAAUUUGUUAAAGCAUUAGAGAAGAAAUUUAACAAAGACCACCCACAUUUGAGUGAGGUUGGCUCGUGCUUCUUGGAAUAUCAAACAGAGUUUCAGAUCUACUCUGAGUACUGCAACAACCACCCCAACGCCUGCAUGGAGCUGUCGCGCCUCACCAAGGUGAACAAGUACGUUUACUUCUUCGAGGCCUGCCGGCUGCUGCAGAAGAUGAUCGACAUCUCCCUGGAUGGCUUCCUGCUCACCCCCGUGCAGAAAAUCUGCAAAUACCCCCUGCAGCUGGCUGAGCUGCUCAAGUACACCAACCCCCAGCACAGGGAUUUCAAGGAUGUGGAGGCUGCCUUAAACGCCAUGAAGAACGUGGCUCGGCUCAUCAACGAGAGGAAGCGGCGGCUGGAGAACAUCGACAAAAUCGCUCAGUGGCAGAACUCCAUAGAGGACUGGGAGGGAGAAGAUGUCCUAGUCAGAAGCUCAGAACUCAUCUAUUCUGGGGAAUUAGCCAAGAUCUCCCACCCUCAAGCCAAGAGCCAACAGAGGAUGUUCUUCCUCUUUGAUCACCAGCUUGUCUGCUGCAAAAAGGACCUUCUGCGCAGGGACAUCUUGUAUUACAAGAGUCGGAUCAACAUGGAUGAUAUGGAAAUCCUGGAUGUAGAAGAUGGGAAAGACAAGGACUUCAAUAUCAGUGUGAAAAAUGCAUUUAAACUGUACUGCAGAGACACUGAGGAAGUCCAUUUAUUCUGUGCAAAAAAGCCUGAGCAGAAACAGCGCUGGCUGAAGGCAUUUGAGAAUGAGAGGAGGCAAGUGCAGCUUGACCAGGAGACAGGUUUUUCCAUCACAGAGGUGCAGAAAAAGCAGGCAAUGUUGAAUGCCAGCAAGCAGCACCAUGCUGGGAAGCCCAAGGCUGUCACCAGGCCCUACUACGACUUCCUGAUGCGGCAGAAGCACCCCACCCUGCCCACCACGCUCCCUCAGCAGCAGGUCUUCAUGCUGGCAGAGCCCAAGCGCAAGCCCUCGAACUUCUGGCAGAACAUCAGCAGGCUGACACCCUUCCGGAAAUAGGGGCAGCCCCGUGUUUGUGCCUGAACCCCUUCUGAGAAAGCACUUUAUCCGUCAGCCCCGGCAGGUGGAGCCCAGGUUCAUCCAAUCCUGUGUUUACAGAGGAUGGCACAUGUGCUCCUGCCUUCCCUAUUUAUUUUGCAGCCCGACUGACCCGCUGGCUCCGCGGUGAGCGCUCGCACGGCCGCGGGCACUGCCCGGCAGCAGAGCUCCAGGAGCGGGCAGCAGGGAGCUGCACAGGCUGCAGCCCCAGGGAUUGUGUUGGCAGCCGUACUUGGACUCGCUCCUUCCCGCUGUGCCCACCGCUGCUGGCUGGCAGCUGGCACAGGGGAUGGCAGCUGAUGGACCCUGGCCACUGCCGUGCUCAGAACAACAGCUCAGAGUCCGUGACGAGGAGGGAUGAGCCCUUCUGCUCUGCCCACCCCCGUGCCCUGCAUUUCUCAGAGCUAUGAUCCUCCUCCACCUGUCCAGCUAACUCUGCAGCCUCUGCAGGCACUCAGAGCACAGUGAGCACUGCACUGUGACCUCCUCCCUCCCUUUAGUCCAGCACCAGUGCUGAACGGUGUCCUACAUUAAACUGUGCCAACCUGCAGCAUGAGUCAAGUCGAAGAAUCUCUCUAGUGGGUUUGAGUUACAUAAGUUAGAGAAAAAUGUGCCUAAUUAAUACCAUACUCAAUUCUUUAGAUUCUUGUCUCUACAUCAUUCUGCCAUAUUUCCUGGCCAAUGAAAAUGCUCAUUGUUUGUAAUGUGUUUAUUUAUGGUAAAAAUCAGAACUGUGUAUUUUGUAAGUCUGUAAUUGUUCUUGUCAGAUGUUGUUAACUUGAUGCCUGUUUUGUCUGUUUAAUUUUUCUUUUCUGUUUUUUUUUUUUUUUUUUAAAGAAAGGUCAAUAUUUGCAAACCUAGCUCCCAGAAGUCAGAGUCUGCUGUUCAACUCUGCAAUGUCAUUGUUAUGCAAACUCCCACAGACCCUCAAAUUCAAGGAGUGUUACUGACGCUUUUAAAAAUGGAAAACCACUUUAUAAAGGCCUAAAUUUGGCAUAAAGAGCCUCACUUUAAGUACCCAAGUUUCAAAUGGUGGCCAAAAAGAAUGAAUUUAAACCUUGGUUAGCAAAAAGAAAGAUUUGCCUUACCAUAGUGAGAGUUAGAAGCCAUACUGACUGAAUUCCCUAGAGUAGGAGACAUCCUGUGAGAGUGGAAGGAUCAUUCCAGCUCAAGUGUGAGUGAGCACUAACUGUCUGCAGAGCUCAGAAAUCCAGUGUUUGUUGAUGCUGUAGCUGACCAAAGUCUGGUCAUCCAGGGAUAUCUGAAUUCAGUAGCAUGUACAAAGUCCUUCUUGCACUAUAUUUUCCCCCCAGACCAGGGGCAACAUUUAAUUUCAUAAAGAAACUUGUAAAAGUGACUCUCGGCCUGUGUUUGUCUCCAGCCCGUCUAUCUGUGUGAAACUGUUUCUUUUCAAAGUCGCUGUGAGGAUUGUGCUCUUGCAGCUCCACAAAGGGCUGCUCAGCCAGAGCAGUGACCUCAGAGCAGCCAUCCCACAGAGGGACAGUGGGGCCACAGGGACCUGACCAGAGGGGUCUCUCUGCUCUGGGGAGGACACUGGGUCAAUGCUGGGGGAUGGAGGGGCAAAAGGAAAAAAAAUAAACAAUCACUGUCUAAGAAGCCACUGAGAUCAGGCAGCAGUAUUAGCACAACACACACAGACACCAAGACACAGGCAUGGGCACACUGAAAGAUACCCAGAGACACUCAUGGCCCAGCUGAUACAGAGGCACUGCCAGGUGUGUACAGACACCCACUGGGGGAGAUGGUGACCAAGCGACCCUGACACACAGGCACACACACAGGUAUGUCAGACAGCUGCAGCCAGCACCACUCAGUAACAGAAGGCAAUUGUCAUUUCUGUGUCUACCCUAAGUGUCUGCACCCUCCUUUCCUUAUCCAUGGCAUGUUUAUUUUGAUUGGCCAGGAAGAAAACCUGUUAGUACUAAAAUUAACAAUUUUCUGAGCUUAUCAUCAGCUUUGUAGCAAGUGGAGGGGGGUGGAGGGGCAGAGGACAAUCCCAUCCCCAACACAGAUACAGGAUCACAUCCCUCACCCCCACACUGAGCAUGACCAGCUGUGACAAUGCAUCAGGAUGUUCACAGUCUUGUCCAGCUGCUAUAUGGGGACACUCAAGGAUGGAGAUUCUCCUAAAACCUCUUUACAUCCCUGCUCAAAACCGCUCUGUCCCUAAUGUGAAGGAAGUGCUGCCAUCUAUUCAAAGCUCCCCUUGCUGCAAGGUCUGAUCUGGUUUUAUGCAGAAUGUUGAUUAAUAUACUCAGCUUUACAUCUACAAUGAAAUCACUCUGGUAGAAAUCCUCACCUCUUCUCCCAAGGGAAAUGAGGUGACAGUGGCACAGGAUCCUGGAGUGCAGUGGCUGUCAAGUGCAACAACCCUGCCCCUGCCCUUCCUCCCCUGCUGAAACACACACCACAACUGGCUAUUAUUACUUACCUGUGCAGCAAUACUCUGAACAGCAAAUAAGCAGUGAGUGGUUAAAAUAAUCACAUCAUAUAUCAGCUCUUCCAGAACAGUCUUCAUCUCUGAGCAGUGCGCACAAAGGAGUUUCAGAGACGCUUUUUUUACAGAAAUUUCUGAAGUGCCAAACCAGACUUCUCUGGCCAGACAGCAUCCCAGUCAAUGGACAGUUAAUUACUUCUGGAAGAAUUCUAGUCUCUACUUGACUAUCAGUACUUUUUCUAAAAAGUGUCCUCAGUUGCAAUUCUAGCCUUGCAUGCCGCAUUUGGCGCUAGGAUCCAAUCCCCUAUGCAAGACUGAGAUCAGGUAAAAAAGCCAAUCAUACAAAGUGGUGGAGUUACAGCAACAACAUAGAAACAGGUAAGGCUCAAACCCAUAAACCCAUUGUGCUCAACAUAGCCACCCCACAGACUGCUCUGAAGAGGAUUUCAUCACAAAAUACCAUCCUUUGUUUAAUACCCAGCACCACUUCCCAAUUCUCACCACAACCCUCAGUGUUUCCUGAACAAACUGUCACAGAUGACGUGCAACCUCCUCAGGUUUUAAGUGAUUAGACACUUGAAAAUCAUCUCAUCCCCCAAGCUGCUCGUUAAAUGGCAAAGUGUACCUGUGUGUAAGAUGAAAACAGAUUAACCAAGCCCAGAUUUCCCUCCUGCUCCCUUGACAUCUGGAUUUGGGCUGGAGUGACUCCCAUUGUUCUGCCCAUGGACAGUACCUGGGUGAACACAUGUGCAGCCCAGACUGGAGAUGUGCACAGUGAGGUCCCAAAGGCAUCAGCUAAACUGGUGAGAAUGGGGUUUCUGGCUGGUCAGGUACAGCCUCUGACAAAGCUCUCUGAGCUAAAUGGACAAGACCAUUGUCCACAAGAAGUGUCCAUUUGCAACAUGAAGAAUCAGAGAUGUGAGACCAUCAGCAUCCCUUUUUCUGGAGCUGAACCUUCACAACAGGGGCCAGAAAUGCAGAUUUGCAUACAAAAGAAACUGAAGUUCCUGAUGUGAGUGAACAUCACCAAUCCUUCUGGAUUUUAGGGUAGAACCAGCUGAACUGCUCAGAAGAACAGUUCUGCAUUGAGUUACAUAAAGGGGACAAAGGGAUUGGAGUCAGGAGUGGUUUGGGGUUUUUUGUUUAGGGGUGUUGGCUCUAUCUGUUCCUGUCCUUCUGUAGGUAUCCACUUAGGAAGCUUCUUGUAAAAGCAGCCAUGUGUCUUAAUGACCUAAAACUGCCCAGACUUCAUUUGGUCAAAUAAAAUAGAAAUAUGUAAAGCUUGUGAAUCGAAAACAUGAGUUCCUUCAGUUACCAGCUAAAGUGAAGAGAACCAGUGGCUGCUAAAUAAUGUAGUUUCUGCUCUGACCAAAAAAAAUAAAAAAAGGGAAAAAAAUCUCUAUUUUGAACUAUUAGUUAGAAUAUCUGUUUCAGGCAUUGUGGGUGCAAUACACUGUUCAAAUUCUAAUGGCAUUAAAACCAGCACAAACUGUCUUUGUGCUAACUCAAAGUAAAAACUAGGUCAGUUCCCAUGGAGAGAAGAGUUCCCCCAAAGCAGUCUUUAAUAUCUUUCCUGUUUUGUCCAUUCCCUGAAGGACAGUGGGGUGUCAGCCGGGGAGGAACCCCAUCUGUGUCCAGCAGAGUCCUUGGCCUCACUGAGUGCAUGGCAGGAGAUUCCCACAGUGCAGGACACUGCUCUGCAAAGCCAGCACAGCACUGUCAUCCAGGAGCCAACCAUGUGCCAACCAUGUGCAUCUGGGUGUCCAACAGCUUCCCAAAAACACCUGGAAACCAGGUCUCUCUGUCACCAGCAGGGAUAACUCAGAAUCGAGGCACCUGCAAGCAACAAAAGAAUCUCCACUUCAAACUGAGAAUGCUUCAUUUCUUGGGAUGCCAGAAGUUAACUUUUUUUAAAUAAAAAGGCCUUUCACCUGAUGUGUCAAAAUAUCAGGCUUGCUCCUCCAAAUUUACUGUAGUGGGAGCACAUCUUCAUGUAACAGCAUCAUUCAAGAGGUCUGUGGCAAGAUUGGUAUGCAACUAUCAGUCUUUGAACAAGUACUGCACCCCUCAGACUCUGGAGCUGUCAGCACCUGGCAGGUGGGACAGCAUCCAGCAAGGGCUGAUUUCUCCUUUAUUGUUGUGACUUCAAUUGUUUUAAUUCUCCUGUCAAGUUUCACCUUUUACCUGCUCAUGAGGGUUAUGGGCAUUCCAAAGCCCAUCUGGACAGUGAAUAUGACAGCACAGUAACUCCUAAAGCUUUAAGGAGGGGACUACUCGCACCUCAUUCAAGUGCUGGAGCCUCAGCCUGUGCCUGCUGCUACUCACAUUCUCUGCCAAAGUGGGCAGCACUCACCACUGCUGCAGACAUCAGCAGUACCACACUGGUACAACCUGAAUUACCAACUAGAAUGUCCUGCACCAGCCUGCCAGCAGAAACUCCCUGUCCCAGAGCUCCCAGCCUAAGCUGUAGGUCUUCAGGUAGGUAAUGGGUUAAAGAAUAAGACUCUUGAUAGUGGAUAAAAAUUAACUGAAAAAAAAUUGAAGUGUUUUCAGCUGAUUUGAACCCCCUGAAGACACAGUGGUGCUCUUUUAGCUGGAUAUUGUGGGGAGGGAAUCAACCUUCCAGGCUGCAGCCAGCAGUGUGACCUGGCACCAGACAGAAAUGCCUCCUGCAGGCCCUGCCAGUGCUCCACAGGCAGGGGACCAGAGCUCCAGGCAGCAGAGUGGAGUCACCUCCUUUCCACUCACAGCCACAGCUGCAGGCUCUGCACAAGCCAAAGGGUGCUCCUUGCCAGCCACACAGCAAUCUCAGCUUGUCCUGCCUUGCCAUUAAAACCUCACACCUUAUUUCUCCUGUCUCACACAUUUCCUUAACAAGCUACAUGACUAAGAUCCCAUGGCUUUGGCAGUGCUGGCACUUCUAGGAAAAAUGCAGGUUGCUUGUUCUUUUUGCUUAACACUCCUGACAUCUUUCCCCCUGCAACUACAGCCUUCCUCUCCGCACGUCCUGAGCUUCUCCUCUGCACAAGUUUGCCACCAAAGCAGCUCCCUGUUUCACAGCCUGUGCAAAUGAAAUACCUGUGGUACUUACCCCAGAGCUGUGUACCUUCGUGUGUGACUGCCUACAUUUAGAGUUGUGAGAUGGGAAAUAAACAAGCUAUCAACUUUAA